AUGUCGGCGGGAAACCCCGAGACCCUCCCCCAGGAGAGAGUCCCGCUCCUGGGGGGGUCAAAUGACGGCCAUUCGGAAAGUCACACGCAUGACGGCCAACCGCGAAGCGUGCAUGUGGGCGAGGUCCCGGAGUCGGGGCGCGUGCCGGAGCGCGAUGGAGGGUGUCGGACCUUGACGGUGUCGGAGGCGGUCGACGACAUUGGCAUGGGCAGGUUUCAGACUUCGCUGCUGUGGGCCAUGGGUCUGUCGUACGCGGCGGAGGGGGCCAAGAUGGGUGCUGCGGCACUGGUGGCGCCCUUGGUGACCUGCGAGUGGGGUCUGUCAACUGGCAGGGAGAGCCUGUUGACGCUGCUCUAUUUCCUCGGCGCCCUUCUGGGCUCCUACGCCUUCGGCGUCAUCUCCGACUCCAUCGGCCGCAGGAACACCUAUUGGUACGUGGCGCUGGUCGCCGUCGUGGGGAGCCUGGGCGCAGCCGCCGCUCCCUCAGUGGAGUGGCUGUCGCCGUGCUUCUUCCUGAUGGGCCUCGUCAGCACUGGCGCGACUGUGGGGUUUGUGUACGUACUGGAGUACCUGCCCAGCGCCCGCAGGGGCCGGUGGGGCGUGAUGCUCACACUGCCCUGGGCGUUGGGAACCUUGGCGGGCGCUGUCGUUGCGUGGGCGGCCAUACCCUGGCUCAGCUGGAGGGGCCACCUGGCGCUGUUGAAUGCCCCCUACGUUGGCGUCUUCGCGCUUCUCCCCCUCUUCCCCGAGUCUGCCCACUAUCUUGCCAUGAAGGGCGGACCUGAAAAGGCCAUGGAGGCUCUGAGGCGCGUGGGCAAGAUGAACGGGGUGCACCUGGGGGCGGGAGUCCGGCUGGAGAGCCUGGACGACAAAGUCACGAAUGACAAAUCUUUGCUCGACAUGGUGCGCGAAAGCUUGCGAGACCUUGGCAGUCUGGUCUCGAGGCCCCUGCGAGGGACGACCGCCGUGAUGCUGGCCCUGUGCGUGUCAGCGGUAUUUGCCUACAACUGCGUGCUGAUCCUCACCGCGCAAGUCUACACGGAGGAGGUUGGGUCCUGCGUGGGGGCCAGCUUUGCGCUGUCGGAGAAGGCCUACAGGAAGAUGCUCAUCGUGUCAGCGGCAGAUGCAAUCGGCAGCAUCUCCGUCAUCGCUAUGAUAGACUGGGCUGGGCGCAGGAGGUCGCUGGUGGCUGAAUUCUGCGCUGCCGUUGUGGCGCUUGCACCUCUGCUCAUCGACCCCGCAAUUGACACCACAAUUUCGCUUGUGGUUUUCCGGGCUGUAGCCUACGCUGCCUACUGUGUACUCAUGGUCUACAUCCCUGAGCUCUACCCGACGGACGUCCGAUCGUUAGCGCUGGGCGUAGGAAUUCUGGUGGGAAGCCUGGGCAGCCUCUUCGCACCUUUCGCAGCGCAGGAACUAUUUGUGUCCCGCGGUCUGCGCCCCCCCUUGGCCAUCAUGUGCGCUCUGUCCGUCAUGGGCGCCGUCGCGGCCUGCAGCAGCUCAAGGGAGACAGCGGGAGAGGGCCUUCAAGACGCCCUGGAGGCGCAACCGAAGGGGAACAGACAUCCCCAGGGGCCAUGA